AUGUUGGGCGUUCAUCGGAAAGCAGCGGAGUUUGUGCUUCUGCUGUACGCCACACUUCUGAUGAAGCAAGCCUGGCCGCAGACCUCCACAUCCUGUGCCAACGACGGCACAUUCCACCUGCCCGUGGACAAUGGCUCCGAGAACAGGACCUACCAGGCGUCUUCUGCAGCUUUCAGGUACACAGCCGGCACCCCUUAUAAAGUCCCUCCGGGUCAGAGCAAUAGUGCUCCUCCACCGUAUUCUCCAUCCCCCAACCCAUAUCAGACAGCGAUGUACCCCAUCCGAAGUGCCUACCCCCAGCAGAACCUGUAUGCCCAGGGCGCUUACUACACGCAGCCUAUGUACGCCGCACAGCCCCACGUCAUCCACCACACCACUGUGGUCCAACCAAACAGCAUCCCCUCUGCGAUAUACCCCGCCCCCGUAGCGGCACAACGGACUAACGGCGUUGCAAUGGGAAUGGUCGCCGGGACCACCAUGGCCAUGUCAGCAGGCACGUUACUGACCACCCCUCAGCACACUGCCAUUGGAGCACAUCCCGUCUCUGUGCCAACAUACAGAGCUCAAGGAACCCCAACGUACAGCUAUGUACCCCCACACUGGUAAUCCCGCUGGCCUGUCUAUGUCCGGAGUAAAACAUUGUAUGCAAACGCUCAAGUCUUACAUGGGUGCUGGAACAACUGACGAGCGGCACCAAGUCUGCAAGAUCAAAACAACGGAACACA